GCUAACAGGAAGCUGAAUUAAUGAGGGCACAUUGAGGCGCAGGAAUUGGCAAAGAGCAACGAGCCCAAACACAGCUCCUUACAGCCGUUACAACUCCCACCUGAGACAGGAGGAACAAGCAGUCAGCCACCUGAAGACAAGUCAGAGGCAACUAUGUCUACAGCGGUGGAUCUCAAGACCAAAGAGGAGAAGGAUGCAGAGUUGGACAAACGAAUCGAAGCUCUGAGGAAGAAGAAUGAAGCUCUAGUCAAGAGGUAUCAGGAAAUUGAGGAAGACAAGAAGAAGGCAGAGCAGGAGGGCAUCGCCGUGACAACACCUCGCAAACCCCGCCCCCAUGAGCCGGAGACGGACAGGAGGAAGACGGAGAAGGAAAACUUCACCGUUACAGUGGACCUUUCUAAGGUGGCAGGGGACAAGAGAGUCGUGAACGACUGGAAACCUGGAACGCCUCGCGGCCGGAAGACAUCAGAGGAGAGCGAUGGCCACCGAGGGCCAAACGACGGCCAAAGAUGGCCAAAUGAUGGCCACCGAGGAGGACCAGACGACGGCCACCGAGGGUCAAACGACGGCCAACGAUGGCCAAGCGAUGGCCACCGAGGAGGACCAGACGACGGCCACCGAGGGUCAAACGACGGCCAACGAUGGCCAAGCGAUGGCCACCGAGGAGGACCAGACGACGGCCACCGAGGAUCAAACGACGGCCAACGAUGGCCAAGCGAUGGCCACCGAGGAGGACCAGACGACGGCCACCGAGGGUCAAACGACGGCCCCCGAGGGCCCAGCGACGGCCACCGAGGGCCCAGCGACGGCCACCGAGGGCCCAGCGACGGCCACCGAGGGCCCAGCGACGGCCACAGCCCCCCCAGGAGAUCUGGGUCUGGACGAAUGGGUCGGGGAAGUCAGAGAGGAGGAGGCGUCCGCCAGGAGAGGAGAGAAUGGGAACCCAGGACACCCAGAGAUGGAGAACCUGGGGAGUCAGGAGGACCGGGACGCAGAGGAGGAAGGAGAGGAAGAGGGGGAGAAGGACGAGGAGGAGGAGGAGAAGGACGAGGAGGAGGGGGAGAAGGACGAGGAGGAGGGGGAGAAGGACGAGGAGGAGGAGGAGGAGGAGAAGGAGGUGGGACACCAGGUGGCACGGACAGGAAAUCCAAGGAAUGGGAGGAGAAGAGGCGACAGAACAUUGAGAAGAUGAAUGAAGAAAUGGAGAAAAUAGCAGAGUAUGAGAGAGGACAGCGGCCGGACGGAGACAAGCCGAUCCGUAACUUCCUGGACGACCCGAGACGUUCAGGCCCGGCGCCAGACAUAGACCGCAAAGAGGGCAGCAGGAGACACGUACGGAACUGGGGAGGGCUGGACUUUGACAACGUGAAGACGAAAGCCGAACUGGAGAAAGAGUGGACCAGUCGGAGGCCUGGUCCGAAAGGCUCUGUGGACAUGACCAUGUCUAUGACCGGCAGGGAGAGAGCAGAGUAUGUGCGCUGGAAGAAGGAGCGUGAGCAGAUUGACGAGGAGAGACUCGCACGCCAUCGUAAUGCCACAGGCCAGUGGAGACGAGAGUGGGACGCACAGAAGACGGACAACAUGUUCAAGGAGGACCCAUAUGUGGCCUCGGAGGGCAUCACACCCGAACAAGGCAGCAGGAGAGCCCGGGGUCGUAACUCUCGUACAGAGCCUCGGGGCAGGGCCUCAGAUGACAAUAAGCGGCCUCCUAAAGCUUCGACAUUUGGUGACUUCCUGUCCCAGGGCAGGACCCCGGGGCAACGAGGCGACCGGGGCGAGCGGGGCAGAGGGAGGGGCCGAGGACAGAAACCGAGCUACAGCAUGCAUGACAACCGCUGGGAAGGAGAGAAAGAAGAAGAGGAGGACAAGGAGAGGGAGAAGGAGGACAAGACAAAGAGAGAGAAAGAGCCAAAAAAGAAGGAGAAGGAAGAAGAAAAAUCUCCAAAAUCCAAACCUCCUACAGCACAGAAGGUUGAGGCGAAGAACGAAGACGGAGAAGAAGACGACGAAGAAUGGGAGGACGCCAGUGACGGAGAAGACGUCGAAGGUAGCGACUCGGAACACGACUCCAGGGGCGAUGAGAAGAAAGACACCGGGAAAGAGAAACCAGCCAGCAGCAAAGACAGCUCCCCUACAUCUCCUGCACAUCGCUCUCGACCAUCGUCGGCAGGAAGCCCCAAAGAGCAGCGGCCUCCCAGGCCGAAGGUCCACAUCCCCCCGCCGGCAGCAGUUCAGGAGUCACCGGAGGGAGGCAAGCCCCUCAGCCCCUUCCUCCCUCCGGACAACCACCAGCCUGUGACAAACUGGGCGGAGGAGAUGGAGAUGUUGUCGCCACGGACCAGCAUGGGAGCCGAGAGCCCACUGAAACCCCCCAGCGUUGAGACCAGCCCGCCUCAGAAGAAAGAGGAAGAGGAGAAGGAGGAGGAGGAGGAAGAGGAGAAGGAGGAGGAGACGGAGGAGGAGGAGGAGGAGGAGGAGGAGGAAGAGGAGGAGGAGACGGAGAGCAGAGCUGCCAGCUCCAGUGAACCUGCUGAGCCACAGAAAGAGGAGGAUAAAGCCAUAGACGUUUCCUCUCCUUCAGCCAUAGACGUUUCCUCUCCUUCAGAAAAGAGUGAAGCCCGGCAGACUGUGAUCGUGUCAGAACCAGAGUCCGUCCCCACAGACUCCCCCGCUGCACCGCCAUCUGACCCCGACCUCUCUGAGGCCAGCGAGGCUGCCGUGACGAUGGACCAGGAUCCACCUGCUGCUCCAUCACAAGCAGACGAACAGGACAACCCUCCCUCUCCAGCCGUCCUGGAGGUCGAUGACGACAUGACGCCAGCUGGGACCGACGCUGCUCCGACAGCAGAGGCCGCUGAGUCCUCGGAGCUGACGUCCUUGGAGCCGACGCCCUCGGAGCCGACGCCCUCGGAGCCAACGUCCUCGGAGUCGACGUCCUCGGAGCAGACGUCCUCAGACUGAAGCUGCUGGGAACAAACAGACUGAGGAGGAUGGAUGAAGAGCAUCACACUACUCAUCGCUGGAGUGACCGCCACUCAUCUAAAUAAAAAAAGAGAAAAAACAUCAUGAGGAGGAGGAAGAGGAGGGACGUGCAUCACCGGCCUCUUUUCAGCUGUUUCUUUUGGAUCAGUGGGUCUGAUCACAUCUGGGCCGCCGCCAGGUUCUGUCUCACUCUGUUUAGUAUCAAGAUAUGAAGAGUAAAAUCUCCAUCAGUCUCUGGUUUUCAAAAUGUUUUGCUCUCACACAAACCUCUCUAGGUUUUCAUCGCUGGGAUAAUUUACUGAGCAUGGUCCGAUUUUGUCCAAGUGUAGAUGUGUUUUCACAGACAAUCAUUUAGGAAAAAUCACUUUUACACCCUCACAACUUCACAGAAGUCGGCAACAAGCUAAAUUUUCCCUCUUUAGAUUUUAAGUUUAUGAACUGAGCCCACCGAGCGGCUGCCCCAUCGGCGAGCUGUAAGAAGUGUUUUAGGUGGUGUGCGAGUGGGUUUUGCAAGGCCAAGAACACCAAGCCUUAACUGACCUGAUGUCAUUUCGUGCAGCUCCCCCCCCGAACGCCUGUAAACAGACUUUGAUGUGUAAAAUCGGUGGAAUUCCCCUUUAUUAUUAAUUGCUUUGCCAGUGUUUGCUAAUUAAAUAGUUUACAAGCUCCAGUGUUGGAUUAGAAACAGAAACAAGACUGUUAGUCUGAGCUCAGACUUAAUUUUAACCUCCACCUACUAAACAGUUUUAAUAUGGACUCCCAUCAGUUUUUAUUUAGACAUUAUUUACACAGUCUUUUCUAAACUGGACUCAUCACAGCUCUCAUUGCAGUUGCUCUGAGCUCUAAAGGCCCAGACACACCAACCUGACAUCAAAGAACUAGCGGCGGCGACGAAGGCCGCCCAUUGAGUCGCCUCACGGCGCCUUUGUCUUGGCCAGAAAGUUGCACUCGAACACACCGCAAAGAUUACAGCCGGCGACCAACUACCACGUACGCCUGCGUGAGAUGAAAUAACUCUCCACACCAGCAGGCGGCGCUAGUCUGUAAUCAUCAUUCACAAAGGAAAACAGGAAGACCGUGGACGGUGGAUAAACAAGCCGUUGUUACGAUACGUACAUGAAACAAAGCCGACCAUUUUCACACCACUCUCACUCACCACUUAGCUUCAUUCCUGACGGCCAGGUCGUUGUGAAAAUGUCCGUGUGUUCGAAUGAUCAGAUGGGAUGAUGAUGAAAAAUUAGAAGAGCCUUCGUGCACUGAUUUGUUUAAGCUGAACAGCCAAUCAGAGUGAUUUCUCUCACUGACGAGCUCUGCUGCUGAAUCGGCCAAAAAAACACGGGCGGACUAGAGCUGAAGGUGCAGGGCACACCGCUAAAACUAGACCGAAAGGCGCUCACCGACGGCCCCAAACUGUCCGACGGCCGACCGUCGACUUGGUGUGUGUCAGGGCCUUUUUAAGCUUCAGUUGUGAGUGGUUGUGGUGCCCAUCUGUUUACCAUCUCAGUCAUCUCCAUUAGUGUUCAUUAUGUAGAAAUCGGACUCCAUUCUGCUCUUUGGUUUUAUUUUGUGGCUUUUAAUUACUUAGACAUGGAAAUUCUUUGAUAUUAUUUUGUGGCUUUUAAGUUCUUCUACAUAUCAGACCCACUGACUUUAUUACAUUUUUUACUUCUAAAGACAUCUGAAGAUCUUUCAGAUAUCAGAAUCCUUCAGCCUGACUGUUCACAUGAGCUUCACAUGAGCUUCACUGCAGGUAGAUCAUGAUGUUUUAAGUGUAAUUUAUUUCAUGUUUUGCAUCAGAGCCAGCUGUGCAGGCCUGCUGUUGUAGAGUAAACUGACUUCAGUUCUUUGGCUGAUGCUCUCAUCCGGAUUAACUGCUUGAGGUCAAAAACACCAUGUGACCUCCUCCUCAUCUCGAAUAUAUCAAAAAUACCAAUUAUGUACUUGGAGACGGCGGCCUCUUUGUUGUUUUAAUUAUGUAAUUGUGCGUCACAAUCGGGAAAACAUUUGAUAUUUUCCCUGACGCAGACUGUGCUGUCAUUUUGUGAAUCAUCAGUUCUGCAGAGGAAUCUGUUCAUAUCCGUCUGGUAAGAGUUCCCCUCUUUAGGCGACACGCUGCCUCUUUUUAAAAUCAAGGGUCUCAUUCCAAAAUGGCUUUAUGGUAUGAAAAAAUAUAUUUUUGAACAGCCAUAUUUUGAGAGCAUAACUGUCUCUUAUUUGGAAAGAUAAAUGAACGUGUAGUUACAUGAAUUUGAGUAAUGAAGAGAUAUUUUGGAAUGAAAGCCUUCACGCAUACCUCAGCAGACCAAGGGCUUUUAGUUUGGUUUGUUUUUGAGUUUGUUUUCUGCAAAGUCUUUGAAUCAUGCCUGUGGACUCGGGGAUAAAUGGAUGGGUUGCUUUAAUGUUUUUUUCUUGUUUUCUGUAUUAGAGGAAUACGAAUGGUGUAUUUGGAUUGAAAGGAACUGCAAUAUGUACAGUUUUUAAAUGGAAAGGAACAUUCCACAGUUGGGUGUUUGUGCAAAAUGUAGCCGGUGAGCUAUGAUAAACUAUUGUUUAUUUUGCAUUUGUUUUCCGGAGCUUCGAUGACUGAUUGUAACUAAGGCAGGAGAUAUUUCAAUAUACACCCAUUUCUACAAUGUCUUCCUGUUUGAUACAUGAAAACGCUCUGAGAACUAACAGGGUUCGGCCUUUCUGGAGGGGAGUCGUGCAGCCGUUUUCAUAAAGAUUAUCAGGAACUAGCAUGAAUCUGUAGCUUUUUAAUGUUGUCAAAGCCAUCGAUGAAAUGAAUAAAUGUCACUCAUCAGCUCACACAUCAGAGAGAAAAGAGUCCUGAUGUUUGUACCACAUGAAAUGUAAAGCACACUGUUGCUUUAGCAGGUUUUGUUUCUCUCAUUUAGCCAAUAAAUGUAUUUCUUUGA